UGCUGCUAAUGACAUAAAGCUCGUGCCAACCGAAAGAGAAACAACUGAGCAUCAACCUGUGUGUGCGGAAAAGCUCUGGUUCUAAACUGUGCUUGGCUGGUGGAGGUGGGAAAAGUGAUCCCGCCUUGGGCCCAAAUCGGACUCUAUAAAGGCAACACAAGCAACAGUUGCCAUUCAGAACUGCCCAGAAGGGGGAGUUUGGUCCUGUUCUGUUCAGUUCGGUUCAGUGUUUUGUGUAAAGUGGUGUGAUAUUUAUUUGGUGCUUUGUGUUGAAAGAAAAACGGAGAAAACAUAGAAGAAAGUUUUUAGAGAAAAACGUUCGUGAAAUGCUUGAAUGAGCUGUGCCUGAUGAAAGAACAUGUACCGAAUAAAUUUCACAACGCUGAGUUUGCUCCUGGUGCUGGGGAUGAAUGGACUCAUGUCGGAACCUACAAAAAACGCUGACGGAUCCAUAAAAGGCUUGUACGAAUAUUUGCUACAACGAGAGUAUGCCGCCCCAGUUUCGUAUGCAGACCAUCAAAUUAAACGAAAGGCUGUCCGCUCGCCCUCGCUGCGGUUGCGAUUUGGCCGGCGAAGUGAUCCCGACAUGCCCGUGCAGCCCGAGGAAGAGGACAGCAUGCCACCUGCACGGACGAUCCGCGCUCCCCAGCUGCGGUUACGAUUUGGCCGCAGCGAUCCGUUGUGGUCAUCGUCCGCGGACAGGGCAGCAGCCGCUGCCGCCUUCCUCGAGGACAAGCGUGCCCCGUCACAACGGCUUCGGUGGGGUCGCUCCCAGCCUGGAACGUUCAACGAGAAUGCCCUCCGGGAAGCCGUUCUCGCCCGAGGAGACGACCUGAACCGUGAUCCCACGUUACGGCUUCGGUGGGGCCGCGAAAGCGGUGAAGAUGAUGAGUUCGAUUCCGACUCUGAUAACGUUGCUGACAGGCUGUACCGAGAGGCCACGGGAAUGGACAGGUUCGCGGAAGAUAAGCGAGCUCCAUCGCAACGGUUACGCUGGGGUCGGUCCGAUCCUCUGCUUUCUAAUUACAACUCGAUGCAAGAAGAUAAAAGGGCUCCCUCGCAACGACUUCGCUGGGGACGAUCUGAUCCAAUGUUGUCCAACGAUGACACUUUCCUGGACGAAGAGAAACGGGCCCCCUCGCAACGUCUUCGUUGGGGUCGAUCUGGUGGUAUGUUCCCCACCAGUGAUGUGAUGCAGCAAAAAACCAUUCGGGCACCCCAACUGCGGCUACGGUUUGGCAGGAGCGAUCCAUCGUGGGCCGGCUUCAACGAGCAUCGUCCCGACGGAGAGAACGAAGCAACGGUCUCGACCGAGCGGGCAGUCGAUUCGGAGGAGCACACGGCAGCAUCCGAGGAAACCGGAUCAUCAAACAUGGACGAGAAAUAACUCUGAUUUGGACCUUGAUACAACGGAACGGAGGUUAAGCUUAUCGGUUGAGUACUGUUGUGUUUUAGCGUUUCUUUGCUUAAUUUGGCCCCCAAAAUCAACAGUUACGUUUAAUUAAGUACACCGUAGAGAACAAUACUCAUACAAUAAUUAGCUGGGCUCUGAAGGCACGACCCGCACAUAUAAUAAACCGAGAAAUCGUUUUCAUCGAACAAUCGCACUUGCAUUCACAUCAUGCAAGGAAAAUUACAUAAAAAGUCAUCUAAUCCCCCCGGAGACAAAAAUCUACCCUUUCUCUAAAUAUAAUGGCAGCAGCAAUUUUUAAUGCAGACUAAGUGUGAUGGUUAGUGUCAAUAAUAGGAAUACCAAUGGUUGAAGCUCUAAAAAUAUAUACAUAUAUUUAUCUAUUACGCUGUGAAAUAGAGAAAGACGAAACUGUAAAGAUCGGUGUCGUGCUCGACCCAACUGUUGAUGUUUCGAGAGUGGGUUGGGGAACGCCACCGCAAUCUAAGCAUUAUUUUUCAGCACUAACUUAUUCAUCUAAUGCACCAGUCAACGGCGUUUUUCAAUUAUCGUUGCAAUUACGAGUAUUUGUUCAAAUUUUAAUCUUUAAAAUUUAAGCCAAGUUGAAGUAUUACUAGCACUAGGAAGGAUUACUGUACAUCCUGUGACUACACAAUUAGAAAGCAGGUUAAAACGUAAUCAAACAUACGAGGAAAAGCAGCAGCAAAUUCAGCCCGAUUUGGGCAAUGUUUGAAGCCGAGAAGAAUGAAACAAACAGCAGCAAACAUGUACAUGUGUAUAAAUAAACAAUUACAUUCACUUCUAGUGGAGAAAAAAGAA